AUGAGUCUUAUCUUACUCAUAUAUAUGAGCCACUUAAACCUUUUAGGCAUAUUAAGGACAUUCGUGGCAGACAAAACGAAGAAAGACUGUUACCACCAAGAUAAAAUGAUUGCAGAUAAAACAGCAUGUUUUUUGCUUUCGUCCUACAUAUUUAUGGGAUGUAUUACUAUCGUAUUAUCACAGAACAUUUUAAGAUGUAGGCAGUGUAACCGAGCAAGUACACUUUCUGAUUGUAACAAGAUUGUUACUUGUGACGCCACACUUGAGGAUUGUUUUAUGGAUGAAUUACUCACAGAUCAACUAACAGUUGUAUAUGUAGGCGGUUGCAGAUCUAAAGAUGUUUGUAAUUCGUCGGGGAGAAAGCGAAAUGAUUUAGUUACUUGCUCGAGAUGCUGUGGAUUCGGAGAUGAUUGUAAUAAACGGUUAUGUGGAAUCAAAGAUGACACGUUAAACAGUAGCCAGUGCUACAACUGUGAUCAUAGGACUUCAGAACAAUCCGAAGUAACAGAUCCAAAAUCCUGUGUAACACUCGAUACAUGUCAACAGAAUGAGGUUUGUUAUACCACCCAGUCAGAUAUUGGCGGCAGAGAUACGUUUUUCUAUGGUUGUUUAAGCAAACUACAAUGUCAAUUUAUAAUGAGAAGGGCUUAUGAAGACUUCAGAGAUUGUAUUUCAAAUAAAACGGCACUAUCUCCUGGGCCACAACGUGACGCAGUGUGUGGUGUUAUCGGACGCGUCACAUCACUUUGCCAUUCUUGCUGUGCUGAUGGUGGAUGUAACUAUGGCACAUGUGAAGAACAAAACAAUCGGAUCUUCGCCCUGGCAGAAAAUGGAAAAUUUGAUAUGAAGACCUUAAAAGUCAUUUAGAAAAUUUCAGAACUGAUGUAAACCAUUAAUUUUAUAUUUAUAAAAAUAAAUGGAGAAAAAAUAA